AUGAGCAACCGGAAGAACACAGCGGCCAACUUGUUGUUGAGACAAUACAGAGAACUAACAGAUGCGAAAAAGGCUAUUCCGUCGUUUCACAUAGAGCUUGACGAUGAUUCGAACAUAUUCCUCUGGAACGUGGGCGUGAUGGUGCUGAACGAAGACUCGAUAUACCACGGAGGUUACUUCAAAGCACAAAUGCGGUUCCCGGAGGACUUCCCUUUCUCACCUCCAACUUUCAGGUUCACACCUGCCAUAUACCAUCCAAAUGUCUACCGUGAUGGUCGGUUGUGCAUCUCGAUUCUUCACACCAGCGGUGACCCCACGUCCGAGGAGCCCGACUCCGAGACGUGGUCUCCGGUUCAAACUGUUGAAAGUGUGUUGAUAUCGAUUGUUUCGUUGCUGGAGGAUCCAAACAUAUCGUCUCCGGCUAAUGUGGACGCAGCUGUGGACUACCGUAAAAACGUAGAUCAGUAUAAACAGCGCGUGAAGCUCGAGGUGGAGCGUUCUAAACAGGACAUCCCGGACGGGUUCGUGAUGCCUUCAGCUCGCACGGCGUACGUUUCACAGCGGCACGCAGAACCUGAAGAUACACGAGACUUGGGCGACAACUUCUGGUACGACAGUGACGAGGAUGACGAAGACGAAAACGAGCCUGCGGCUGAUAUCUAUGGGUACGGUGACGAUGAUGACGAUGGAGAGCAAGACAUUCAGUUCGAGGAGGACGAUGAUGUGAGCAUAGACAACGACAGCGUCAUGGAUCGCACACAACCCAGCAAAGCUGAGGAUGAAAGCGAGGAUUUAGAAGACGAGAUGAAGUUAGAGAAGUAA